GUGUCCUCUCUCUCCUCGCUCUUUGCCUCCCGAUCAAUCUCGAAGUUCGCUGGACUUGUCUUCCGAUCUCACGAAAUCAUGAACGGCGAAGAUCCCUCUCGCUUCGGGCCCGAUGCCCCGCGGCACCAGUUCAGCAACCCGCACUCCCAGCACCACAACCCUCAGCAUCAGCUUCCACAAAUGCCCUCACACCCGGGUGUUCCCUAUUACAAUCAUCCUCCAGGACCUCACCCAGCUAAUCCCGAUCUGCUGUCGCCUCAAUCCGCUCGUCCUGCCUAUGGACCGCCAAGCCAUGGAUUCUCUCCGUCCCCCUUCUAUCCACACCCGCUAGCCUACAACUACCCCACCUUCAGUCACGGUCAUCCUCAGCAUUCGUCCCAUUAUCGUGGUCCUGAGAUCUACUCUUCUCAUACACCGGUUGUUGACACUCAAGCCCCUACACCGCACACUUGCUCCUCCUCGCAAGCUCAACAUCACCAUCGGCCACUCCAAGAUACCGAGCCACCAUCAUGUUCUCACCCACCAGAAUUGUAUACAGAGCAACCUCCUGAGGCCUUCUCUCAGUCCGACUCUGACUCCCUCUCUGCUCCUGUCAGCGUCACUUCGCCCGCUCCUGACCAGCCAGUGUCUCAACAUUUACCGCUCCUGACCAGUCAGUCUCUCAAGCGUCGUCCACUUCCGACCAGCCUGUAUCUCGGAUGCCGACUCCUCCGCCUCCUCCAGAAGUUCCCCUGGUUGGUACAGGAAAGUGGGUCUUUUGCCGCUGCCACAAGUGCGAGGCUCUGCCAGAUGGCGGAAAGUGGGUUCCUGGUCACCGGCGAAACCGGCAUCUAAGUCAGCAUGGAUGCCAACCUGGGAACGAUCCCCGACGGAGCUGGUCAAGGAUGCCCAGGGACAACGGCGUCGAUGGCAAAUUUGAGCUUCGAAAGGCAGCACCCCGGGAUGGCCUUCCUGUGAUGCCACCAAGCCA